UUCUUGAUACUUAAAGAAUUUCAAGAUGGGAAGCUCGAGAAAUGUCCCAGUUGGAUUCAAAUGGACUCUACGAGACUGGAACGAUUCCGGGAGCCAAAGAUUUACCGCAGGAUUGAAGUUCCGAAGAUAGAUGUAACGCGAUUCGAUCAGCUACCCCCUUGUCUUAAGGAAGAUAAUUUUGAUUUGUUUGGAGUGUUAAAGAAAUCACUUCCAAAUACAAUUGCACAUGUGAAUGCUGAUCAUAUGAAAACGACAUAUCAAGCAGAUUAUAGUGAUCCUGCAGCUGUACGUAUGACACAACGUGACGUGGCAUUGAAGGUCAUCGAUACGAAGAGUCAACAGCAACAAUGUCGUAUGCCAAUAAAGAUAACCAUAGAGGCCGACUGUCCGUCACAUUGUCGUUUUCCUUAUCCAAUAUAUAAUGCAAACUUGAAACACAAUCAUAAGUACAAGUCAAAACGAGAAAAAAAAUGCGAAGAUGUCGAGAGAAGACAAAUGUCAUUUCCAUCCUGGAAAUCAGAAUAUCAAGAUAGUAUUAGUAAAAUUGGUCAAGCCAUUAUUAAAGCCAAAUUACAUUACACAAAAAAGAAAGCUUUACCAGUUCAAUAUCAGCGUUGUACUACAUCCAAUUGAAUCAAUUGUAUCAAAAGAUUUGCGGUUAAUCGCCAAACACACACACACACACACACACAC